CAAACACAGAUGACAAACCAAGGCCACAAGGUCUCUUGCCUUUUUGAAUCUUGACUGACUUCCUUUCAAUAUAAAAGCAUAUCCAAAUCUCUUUUCAGUUUUCUUAGAAAUUUUGUCUAUUUUCUCUGGUUCACCGAACCAAAUCUACUAAUCCCAAAUUGACCCUUUUGUCCAACCGAUCUUCCUCAGCAUAAAAUCCAGAAGCAGAAUCAAACUCUGGUUUGUGCAAUUUCAUAUAGUUGGGAGUUGGGCGUGCAAACUCCGAGGUUGUCUCUAUUCUUUGACUGUCUUUACUCCCAAACUGAAAGACGCUGCAACAUGCCAGUUUCCGAAUCCAUGGCCAUCAGAAAUGGCACUUCCGAACCUGAUAGCUUCCACAACUUCUUUGAGCUCUGGGUUUCCGAGCAAAACCAAUACCUCCAAGAACUCAUCUCUGCCUCUCAACACCACAAGCAAAGCUCCAACAUUAGCUCUGAGGAUGACUCCGUGAUCUUGGGCCCAUUCAUCGGCAGAGUCAUCAACCAUUACGAGCAAUACUAUGGUGCAAAGUCGAAGUGGGCUAAGCAAGACGUGUUUGCCAUGUUGUCACCUUCAUGGAGGUCCUCACUUGAGAACGCGUUCAUGUGGAUAGGAGGGUGGAGACCCAGUAUGGCUUUUCACUUGCUUUACUCCAAAUCCGGGUUACAACUCGAGGAGAAAUUCACUGAGUUGGUUCGCGGGUUUAGUUCUGGCGAUUUGGGUGAUCUUUCUCCGAGUCAGCUCAACCAGGUGGAUGCUUUACAGAGGAGGACUAUUGUGGAGGAGAGGGAGAUUACUGAGAAGAUGGCAGAGCUUCAAGAAACUGUGGCAGACUCGUCCAUGGUUGAGUUGUCACAUGUGGUGUCUGAGUUGAUGAGGGAAAGAGGUGGUAGUGUUAAUGGAGUGGAGGAAGAGCGAGUUGAGUCGACUCUGGGGCCUAAAGAGGAAGGGUUGGAGGAGAUCUUGCAGAAAGCUGAUGAUCUACGGUUGAGAACUCUUAAAGCAAUUCUUGAAGUUUUGACUCCAAUCCAGGCCGUCCAUUUCUUGAUUGCUGCUGCUGAGUUGCACCUCAGGCUUCAUGAUUGGGGGAAGAAGAGGGAUGAUGUGGUUAGGCAACACCGUGGGACUGGUGGCACUGACCGGUGACAGAAAUUUUGUACCACAAUUUUUGGCAUCAUGAUCGACUGUGAGUAGUAAAAAAAACUUGGUAAAUCAAUGUGAGAGUGUUUUGUUCAAUAUUCAUAAUCGAUCACAUCAAUAAAUUGCGGUGAAAGUUAUGGUCGAAGAAGAAUUGGAAUUACUAGUUAGAAUUUAAACGGGGACUGGCUUACUUGACUUAAUGUUCUAAGUUUUAAUUAUGUGUUGUUGGGGGCAUUGUGAGUAAGUAUAUGGGUGCUUAAUCAACACUAUUUUUGAAUUGCAUUCCUUUUGUAAUAUUAUUAUUAGAAAAUAUGUUGUGGAAGUCAGCAAUGUAAAACUCCAUCCAUUUAUGUGGUUGAUA